CAUUUUACUAACAUGGCGCCUUUCUUAUAAAUUGAUAAACAAUUGCGCACUAUUUACGACUUUGGUUUUAUAUAUUUAAGUCAUAAAGUAUGUCUGCCUUGGAUUUGGAUGAUGACUCUUCAAUACAUCGUUUGGAAGGUUCCCAAGAAAAACAACAAGGAGGUUUGAUUGUCAUGAAAAAAGGUCCUGCUCCUGGAACCGAUCAGCAUCAGUUUAAAAUACCGACUGGGCGUCCUAAAUCCUCUAAUUUUGGUUUGGAUGAGCUAGCAAAGAAAAAGAGAAGAGAAAAAUAUGAGAAAGAACGCUCGGAAAGAAAACGCACUUGGGAAGCCGAAUAUGACUCUGAUCGCCCCAAGUAUGACAAGAGUCGACGAUCUUCUAGUCGGAGUAGGAGUGGGACCAGUAGCAGUAGCCGAAAUGGCAGUAGCAGUAGUAGCGGUAGCAGAUAUAGGAGUAACGCAACUCCUUUACCGACUCCAUCCUAUAUGUAUAAUGAUUGGAUGAAAAAUCAAAGAAGAAUGAAGGCUACACCUCAGGUUCACUCUGAAAGUAGACUAUUUAAUCCAGACACUUUAUCUCCAGAAUCAAAACGGGAGUACGAAGAGGAACAAAAACGAUUGGAUAGGCAAUGGUAUUCACUUGAUGAAGGUCAAGAAGGCGAAGGCGUUUAUGAGAAUACAAAUGAUGAAUAUAUCAAAAAGAAAGAAAAAGAACUAGAGAUUAAAAAGCAAAAGAAAAUGAGCGCCCAGCAGAAACAGAUAGGAAGGGAUAAUGAAAUGUGGGAAGUCAACAGAAUGUUGAGGAGUGGAAUGGUUCAACAAGUUAGUCUCGAAGAGGAUUUUGAUGAAAGCGCCGAAGCGCGUGUUCAUAUUCAAGUUCACAAUAUCCUGCCUCCAUUUUUAGAUGGAAGAAUUGUAUUUACUAAACAACCAGAGCCUGUUAUCCCCGUUAAAGACCCUUCCAGCGAUAUGGCUAUUGUUUCUAGGAAAGGUAGUAUGUUGGUUCGAAGAUGUAGAGAGCAAGCAGAAAGAAAAAAAGGUCAAAAAAAGCAUUGGGAAUUGGCUGGUACAAAACUUGGUGAUAUUAUGGGUAUAAAAAAAGAAGAAGAAAGGGAUACAGGACCGGAAACAGCUGAAGGAGAGGCUGAUUUUAAAGCUGGACAAAGAUUUGCAGAUCAUAUGAGUAAGAAAACAGAUGCAGUAAGUGAGUUUGCCCUUAAGAAAAGUAUGAAGCAACAAAGACAAUAUUUACCUAUCUUCGCCGUUCGUGAGGAACUUCUAAAUAUUGUUAGGGAUAAUAAUAUUGUUAUAAUAGUUGGAGAGACUGGCUCAGGAAAAACUACCCAAUUGACACAAUACUUGCACGAAGAUGGCUAUACAUCUAGAGGUAUGGUAGGAUGUACUCAACCCAGAAGAGUAGCAGCUAUGUCUGUAUCAAAACGAGUUUCAGAAGAAAUGGAUUGUGAGUUAGGAAAGCUUGUAGGUUAUUCUAUUAGAUUUGAAGACUGCACGAGUGAUAAAACUUUAAUCAAAUACAUGACUGACGGUAUUCUAUUAAGAGAAUCUCUACGAGACAGUGACUUAGAUAAUUAUUCCGCCAUAAUAAUGGACGAAGCUCACGAGAGAUCUUUAAAUACUGACGUUUUAUUUGGUUUACUAAGAGAUGUUGUUGCUCGAAGGAAUGAUUUGAAGCUGAUUGUUACAUCCGCUACAAUGGAUGCAACAAAAUUCUCGACCUUCUUUGGAAAUGUUCCAGUGUUUACAAUUCCGGGACGGACGUUUCCAGUUGAAACGUUUUAUUCAAAGAAUUCGGUUGAAGAUUACGUGGAGGCGACUGUAAAGCAGGCUUUACAAGUUCACUUAGGAGGUGCCCCAGGGGAUAUUCUUGUUUUCAUGCCAGGCCAAGAAGACAUCGAAGUCACGUGCGAAGUUAUCGCAGAACGAUUAGGUCAACUAGAUGAUGCUCCACAACUGGCAAUUUUACCUAUUUAUUCUCAAUUACCAAGUGAUUUACAAGCUAAAAUUUUUCAAAAAGCCCCCGGAAAUGUUCGCAAAUGCGUAGUUGCAACGAAUAUCGCCGAAACGUCUUUGACUGUUGACGGAAUUCAGAUCGUGCUUGACGCCGGCUACUGUAAAUUGAAGGUUUAUAACCCUAAAAUUGGUAUGGAUGCCCUGCAGAUAUUUCCUAUUUCUCAAGCAAAUGCCAAUCAACGAUCGGGUAGAGCCGGUAGAACCGGUCCAGGCUUAUGCUAUAGGAUGUAUACAUCUAGACAAUACAAAGAAGAUUUGCUAACGACGUCUGUUCCUGAAAUUCAGAGAACUAAUUUGGCUAAUGUUGUUUUAUUAUUAAAAUCACUAGGAGUUCAAGAUUUAUUACAAUUUCAUUUUAUGGAUCCACCCCCUGAGGAUAAUAUAUUGAAUUCUAUGUAUCAAUUAUGGGUUUUGGGGGCUCUGGACAAUACAGGACAAUUAACAGCUUUGGGUAGAACGAUGGUGGAAUUCCCUCUUGACCCAGCUUUGUCUAAAAUGUUGAUUGUUAGCGAACAAAUGGGAUGCUCCAAUGAGGUUUUAAUAAUCGUGUCUAUGUUAUCUGUGCCAGCUAUAUUUUUUCGACCUAAGGGAAGGGAAGAUGAGGCAGAUGCUGCAAGGGAAAAAUUUGCAGUACCGGAAAGUGAUCAUCUAACGUUACUACACGUUUAUCAGCAGUGGUCUAAGACGCAAUAUUCGACAACAUGGUGCACUCAACAUUUCAUCCAUGCUAAAGCUAUGAGAAAAGUUAGAGAAGUGAGAGCACAAUUGAAAGAAAUUAUCGAACAACAAAAGAUGAAACUCAUCUCGAGUGGUACAGAAUGGGAUAUUGUCAGAAAAUGUAUUUGUUCUGCGUAUUUUCACCAUGCCGCACGCUUAAAAGGAAUUGGCGAAUACGUGAACUGUAGAACUGGUAUGCCUUGCCAUUUGCAUCCGACUUCAGCUCUUUACGGAAUGGGAUUUACUCCCGAUUACGUCGUAUAUCACGAAUUAAUUAUGACAUCUAAGGAAUAUAUGCAAUGCGUUACGGCUGUCGAUGGUCAUUGGUUGGCAGAACUGGGUCCUAUGUUUUAUAGUGUAAAGGAAAGCAAUGAAACAAGAGUAGAUAGAAAGAGGAAUGAAAUGAAACGUGUUGAUACAAUGGAAGAGGAAAUGGUAAGAGCUCAGGAAAAAUUGAAAGCUAGAAAGGAAGAAGAAGAGGCCAACCAGACACCUAAUGCCAGAAAAAAGAUUGUAACUCCGGGUUUAAAGAGGGCAGGAACUCCCUAUAUAAAGCCCAAAGGGAAAAUUGGAUUGUAG